UUUUUUUGGCAUGACGAUCUGAAUAAAUUUAACAACCUGGAUAAGGCAAUGUGAAUUUAUAUACGCCUGUGCAGAGAAUACCAGCGAUUCAGUGUGCAACAAUGAUGUCCCUGAGUUUGAUUUUGGUCACAUUGUGUGGAUUCAACGCCGUUGCUACUGCAUCAUCAAAAUUAGAUACCAUUUUCCUGCGGCUAUGGCUGAGCAAUACUAUGGGAUUGUAUAAGGAUGCCCAUGUUUGGAAUACGUCAGACCUAGUUCCGUACAUGGACAUCAAGAAAAAUACUGCAGUAUAUAUCCACGGAUACACAGAGCAUAUCAACAGUAAAAGCGUUUCAGCGAUCGUCCCUUCCUAUUUGAAACGAGGUGACCACAAUAUUAUAGCAGUGGACUGGAGUGUGCUAGCUGGUGAAAGCUACAUGCAAGUCGUCUCGAAUUUUGAAGGGGUUGGAGCGAGAAUCGCUGAAGGAAUCAAUGGAAUAUUAGAGGGUGGGAUUUCUCCCUCACGUAUUCAUGUGAUAGGACACUCAAUGGGAGCUCACGUUGCGGGGACUGUCGGCAGGACAAUAGGAUUUUCCCUUUCACGGAUAACAGGUUUGGAUCCAGCGGGACCAUUCUUCCACGUCCUGAAUAAAAAGUUGAGUCAUAAGGAUGCUCAAUUUGUGGAUAUCAUCCACACGGACGCUGGUGCUUACGGGCUUGCAAGGCGGACUGGAAGCGUAGAUUUCUGGCCUAACAGAGGACUUCGCAUUCAGCCUGGAUGUCCAUUACUUUAUACAGUAUACAGCGAUGAAGAUUUCUGCAGCCAUCAUCGCUCCUACAUAUACUACGCUGAAUCCUUGAUCAAUGAGAAUGCUUUUUUAUCCCUCAAAUGUUCGUCAAAGCCUGCAUCAUCCGAGAAAACGAAUCUGGUUCCAAUGGGAUAUGCAACACCCAUCGAUACAAGUGGAAGUUACUGCCUUGUCACAGCCACAAACGAACCCUUCGGAUUAGCUGCGGAGGGAGCAUAUCUGGCUCGAGAUUUCAUCAGUAUGUUGCUGCCCAUGGCAUCAUAAUGACUAAAUCGCUUUCCAUAAAUUAAAUGAUUGAUUUUUCUCUUGUUUUGCACUUGAUAAUAACACGAAAACACCAAUUGAUAUUGACGUGAAUUACAUGAAACGCCUCGAUGCCAAUCGACGCCCACAUCAGGACAAUACACAUUCUUUAUUGAUGUUGUUUGUCAACAACCUUCCAUUCCAGCUCGGAAAAAAUAUCGCACUGUUGUUCCCCUAAUGAAGUAAUUUAUUGGAAAAUAAUGAGAUUGUUAA